AUGACUCCAGUAGACUUGCCCAGUUCAAAAGUGGAUAUAUUCAGUAGAUGCAAUCACAAAGAGAUAUUAUGGAUACAUGUCUCGUCUCAAGUCACAUUAUCUUCCAGCUGUUCUAAACGGUUGCUUGAUUUGGUAAAGAUAUCUGGAGAAGGACGUGGAAUACUAUCUUUGAUCUUGAAGGACACUUGCUUGAGUAAGGAAACAGAAUUGUUAAAAAUCACUGGAGACCAGUGUCAAAAGUGGAACAAGGCGACUGUCACUGUAUUACAAAAUUUCGUUCCAAAUGACUACAGCAUAAUCCUUAAAGCUGAUAUUCGACGCUCAUUCCAUGGUUCCAUGGCUAUAGAUGAUGUAAAAAUCAGCAAAGGACACUGUCAAGAUUGAGAAAAAUGUUCAAACGAAAUCAUGCAUUCAAGAUAAUAGACUCUACAAAUUGAAUUCAAGACGACUGAAUAAAUUUCUUUAAAGGAUUGUAUGCUGUAUAAUUAGUUUGCUGUUUUUAAAAGUGUACAGGCAAAUAAUUUCAAUAAAGAUGCCUCUAUCGAAAAUACAAA